AUGUCUUUUUCAGAUUCGAGCCAGGAUUACUCACAAUAUGUUCAAACUAAGGUUUUUCAGCCUUUUAUGAACUCUCUGACGGUUGAUGGGAUUGAAAAACGUGUUGAAAAGUUGGAACAUGAGAAUAUCAUUUUAGAUAAGUAUGUCAAGGAUCUUUAUAAGAAAAUGCCCAAAAUGCAAAGGAAAAACUCUGAAAUUAACCUAUCCCAGUCUCAGUUCCUUGCUGAGAUAGAAUUUCGACUCGAAAAGAUAGAGAAGUUACUAUCAACACAAUUUACUAGGCAGAAACCUGACCAAGAGAAUCAUGAUUCAAACAUGGAUCCCAGAUCGAAGGCAUUGAAGCAAAGUGUUCAGGACAAAUUCCAUGUCCGACAUGAAGACCUGUCUCGUCUUGAAGAUAAACUAGAGAAAUUAAUAAAGUCCCAAGCUGAAGACAUUGCAAUUGAUGUAACAGAACUUGAGAAGUCGGUCAAAAAGGUUGAAGCCAAGCUUAAAGAGUAUUGAAGUCGUGGUGGGAACGUCACUAGACAGGAAUUCCACCAACUAGGAAAAGUUCUUGAGAAGAAAAUCCAACUUUCAACAAAUCUUAUGGAUGGCGUUCUGAGUGAAACCAAGGAGAUUAUAGCAAAAGCAAACCGUAUUAGCAUCAAAGCGAUGGAAAAGAGAAAGAGAAGAUCUACCUCUAGAGAAUCUAAUCUUCCAAAAUCUUCAAGAAGAGAUAAAUCAGGGAAGAAUACUCCAGAGCAGCAAUCUAUCUAUCGGACGUAUAAGCAAGAAAACCCUGCAAAGGUAUCAAGCCCAAGUGUUAACAAAGACUUGUUUAUAGAUUCGAAAACUUCCAAGGAUUAUGAACAUUUCAAGGAUAAAAAUGCUUCCGGAGAUGUCAGGACUUGUAAAGCAUCUGAUGCGAACAAUCUGAGCAUGUUUGGUAACUCUUCAAUGGCCCAAAACAUAAAUACCAGUUCUGAUGGGAUGAGAAGCCAAUUGAAUAAAAGAAGCAACUACAGUAAAAUGCCAAGUGAGGAGAAGUUGUCCAAUAUUUCAAUGAAUAAUUAUGGUAGUCAUGACUCUGAAAUGCUCACUAGAGAUCUCCUUCGUCGGUCUUAUGAUAGGUACAAGGAUCAAGAUUUUCCUCUUCCCUCAAAUGAUGAUGUCUAUCAUCUGAGCAGUUGCCAGUACUAUCCAGAUGAGCCUGGAAGAGCUGUGAAAAGAAAGCACACAGAGCGGCAAAAACUCAAACCUUCCUCAGUCCGUUUGAAGAAACAAAUGUCAAAUUCCCGCUUGAAUCAUAGUAAAUGAGGGCCAAAUACUAAAGACUUGCAUUCCUCUGUCAAAAGAGUGAGGGAUCUGACAGAAAAAUGCCUGAAUGGUAUUCUAAAAUCAAGCAAAAACUGCCAUAAAUCAAAGAAAAAGCGCUUUAAGAAGAGCAGAUCGCAGCCAAAAGUCAGCAAAUCUCGUGAUAAGACUGCCAAAAAUUUGGACAAACUAGAACAGAUUUACCAAGAUCUGGUUGAUUAA